AUGGCAAGUCUUGGUGGUAAGGUUAUAAGAAUUAAAGUUAAUUUGUUCUGGGGGUUUGUCCAUGUCUAUGAUACAUGUUAUAUGGACGUUGAUCAUGUAUCUUAUUAUGAAGAGAGAGAAGAAGAUGAUGAAGGUGUUGAGGAGGAUGAGAGGAAUGAGGUCGAGGUGAUCGAUUAUAGAUGUAGUAUGGCUUUCUAUCGCGACGGCCCAGUAUGUCCUCCACUACCUUCCCGUUACUUGUUGCAGUCUGGCUACCCAAUCUCCUACUGA